GAAAGCAAAAAGACCUUAGAGAAAGAGAGUUGAACCUGACCAGGCAACCUAGAGAGGAUAAAGGACAAAGAGACAGCAAGAGAAGGAUGGAGAUGUGGGCAUUUUUCAUUGCUCUGCUGGUGGUUCUUCUGAUUCUGCACUACCUGAAACUGCUCUGGUCACACAGGCAUUACCCUCCAGGACCUCUCCAGCUUCCUCUCGUUGGAGCCAUGUGGAAGCUUGAAUUGAAGAUUCAUGAAAAUACUCUCCUUCAGCUGGGAAAGCAACACGGAAAUAUUUUCACCCUGUGGAUAGGACAUUUACCCAUUGUAGUACUGUCUGGAUUCCAAGCAGUGAAAGAAGCUCUCAUUGACCACUCUGAAGAAUUUGAUGAGAGACCGCAGACUCCUUUUCUUAUGACUAUGGCUAAAGGAAAGGGCAUUGCAUUAUCAAAUGGUCACACCUGGAGGCAACAGAGACGCUUUGGUGUAGUUACUAUGCGAAAGCUGGGGCUGGGGAAGAAAGGCAUGGAGCACCAAGUAGCAGAGGAGGCCCAUCAGCUCGUGGAGGUUUUUGCACGUUCAAAGGGUCAACCACUUGACCCCUCCAUGCCCAUCACUAAUUCAGUCUCAAAUGUCAUAUGUGCUGUGGCUUUUGGGCACCGGUUUGCUCUUGAAGAUGAAAGGUUCCAGAAGCUGAUGGAAGCCAUGGAUUUUGUCCUAAAAUUUAUACGUAGUUUCGUUCAUGCUCUUUAUGAAAUGCUCCCACGGCUCAUGAAACAUCUCCCAGGGCCCCACAAGAAGGCCUUGUCCUGUGCAGAGAUGGUGCUUUCAUUUGCAAAGGAGGAGAUAGAGAAGCAUAAGGAGAAUCAGUCUCUGCAUGAGCCACAGGAUCUUAUUGAUUUCUAUCUGCUUCAGAUGGAGAAAAGCAGGAAUGACCCAGAAUCCACCUAUGAUGAAGAAAACUUGGCUCAGUGCAUUUUUGACUUCUUUGUAGCAGGGACAGAGACAACCACCGGUUCUCUGAAAUGGGCCCUUCUCCUCCUGGCAAGUCAUCCAGAUAUCCAGGAUAAAAUGCACAAGGAAAUUGAAGAUGUCUUAGGUUCUGCUCACUCAAUCUGCUAUCAAGAUAUGAAGAAACUGCCCUACACCAAUGCUGUGAUUCAUGAAAUGCAGCGCUUUAGAUAUGUCCUUUUUUUGGGGUUCCCUAGGCAAAGUACAAAGGAUGUGAAGCUGCGUGGUUUUCUCAUUCCCAAGGGGACUAUUAUUGUUCCUGAUCUGCGCUCUGUUCUUCUUGAUCCAACACGAUGGGAGACACCUGCAGAGUUCAACCCAAAUCAUUUCUUGGACAAGGAUGGACAAUUCGUGAACAGAGAAGAAUACCUGCCAUUUGGUGAAGGGGCUCGCAUGUGUUUGGGAAUGCAGCUGGCAAAGAUCGAAAUAUUCAUCUUCCUGACCAGCUUGCUGAGGGCAUUCAACUUCCAGCUGCCAGAAGGAGUAAAAAAAAUCAAUCAAGAGGCUAUAAUAGGGGCUACAACACAUCCCCAUCCUUAUAAAAUCUGUGCACUUUGGUCCCGCAGACAUUACCCUCCAGGACCUCUCCAGCUUCCUCUCGUUGGAGCCAUGUGGCUGUUUGCAUUCAAGAUUCAUGAAAAUACUCUCGUUCAGCUGGGAAAGCAACACGGAAAUAUUUUCACCCUAUGGAUAGGACAUCUACCCGUUGUAGUACUGUCUGGAUUCCAAGCAGUGAAAGAAGCUCUCAUUGACCACUCUGAAGAAUUUGAUGAGAGACCGCAGACUCCUUUCAUUAUGACUAUAGCUAAAGGAAAGGGUAUUAUAUUUUCAAAUCGUCACACCUGGAGGCAACAGAGACGCUUUGGUGUAGUUACUAUGCGGAAGCUGGGGCUGGGGAAGAAAGGCAUGGAGCACCAAGUAGCAGAGGAGGCCCAUCAGCUUGUGGAGGUUUUUGCACGUUCAAAGGGUCAACCAUUUGACCCCUCCAUGCCCAUCGCUAAUUCAGUCUCAAAUGUCAUAUGUGCUGUGGCUUUUGGGCACCGGUUUGCUCUUGAAGAUGAAAGGUUCCAGAAGCUGAUGGAAGCUAUGGAUUUUCUCCUAAAAUUUAUAUGUGGCUUCGUUCAUGCUCUUUAUGAAAUGCUCCCAUGGCUCAUGAAUCAUCUCCCAGGGCCCCACAAGAAGGCUUUCACCUGCCUGGAGAUAGUGCGUUCUUUUGCAAAGGAGGAGAUAGAGAAGCAUAAGGAGAAUCAGUCUCUGCAUGAGCCACAGGAUCUCAUUGAUUUCUAUCUAUUUCAGAUGGAGAAAAGCAGGAAUGACCCAGAGUCCACCUAUGAUGAAGAAAACUUGGCUCAGUGCAUUUUUGACCUCUUUGUAGCAGGGACAGACACAACCACCGGUUCUCUGAAAUGGGCACUUCUCUUCCUGGCAAGCCAUCCAGAUAUCCAAGAUAAAAUGCAGAAGGAAAUAGAAGAUGUUUUAGGGUCUGAUCACUCAAUCUGCUAUCAAGAUAAGAAGAAACUGCCCUACACCAAUGCUGUGAUUCAUGAAAUGCAGCGCUUUAAAUAUGUCCCUUUUUUUGGGUUCCCUAGGCAAAGUACAAAGGAUUUGAAGCUGCGUGGUUUUCUCAUUCCCAAGGGGACUAUUAUUUUUCCAGAUCUGCGCUCUGUUCUUUUUGAUCCAACACGAUGGGAGACACCUGCAGAGUUCAACCCAAAUCAUUUCUUGGACAAGGAUGGACAAUUCGUGAACAGAGAAGAAUAUCUGCCAUUUGGUGCAGGGGCUCGCAUUUGUUUGGGAAUGCAGCUGGCAAUGAUUGAAAUGUUCAUCUUCCUAACCAGCUUGCUGAGGGCAUUCAGCUUCCGGCUGCCAGAAGGAGUCAAAGAACUCAAUCAAGAGGCUGUAAUAGGGGCUACAACACAUCCCCAUCCUUAUAAACUCUGUGCAGUUCCUCGUUGCAACACAUAAUAAAACAGGAAAAUAUUAGGGGCUUCCUCCACUCAGCGACCCCUUUGCCGCUCCUGACACAUGAACACCCUAGCAUUUCCCCUUCCCUUCCCAUCUCAUCCCACGCAACUACUGAGGUCUCUUUUCACCUUUGCAGCUCUAUUUCUGAAGCCUCUUCUCUCUUAUUUUCUGCUUUGCAUCCAUUUCCCCCUUCACCCCAUCUCCUCCUUUUCUUCAAGCCCUUUCAUGCCCCUGCUUUCAUCUUCAUCCCUAUCCCCAUGCCUCCUUACUCCCUCCUCUUCAGCGCCUUUCUUUGCU